AUGAGUGACGAUUUAUUUAGUAAAGCUUUAGCCAAUCCAGAAGCUACAGUUGAAGUGAACUUGCCAGAGGUUGCUCUAAAGGGGAACGAGAGUGCAAGUGAGAGUGAGAGUGAGAGUGAAGGGGAGAACAAGAGUGCAAGUGAGAGUGAGAGUGAAGGGGAGAACAAGAGUGCAAGUGAGAGUGAGAGUGAAGGGGAGAACAAGAGUGAGAGCAAGAACAAGAACAAGAGCAAUAGUGCUAGUGCUAGUGAUAGUGAUAGUAGUAGUGAUAGUUCUAGUGACAAUGAAGAAGAAGAAGAAGAAGGCUCAUCUGUUGAAGAAGGAGUAGUAGAUGAAGAAGAAGAAGGUAGCUCUGCUCCAAUUAGGUCGGCACAUGAAAUAGUGGAAGAAGUUGUUGAAAUACCCAAUGAUUAUAAGAUUGACAAAAAGACUAAUAUCCAAUACAUUGGUACAAUCCAUUCUAUAUUUGAAAAAAGUAUGAUCAUCCAUGCAAAUGGAUCUGGAGAACAACGAGUCUUGAAAGACGGAUCAAUAUUUUGUUUUGAAGAUCAUAGGGCUAUCGGACGAUUAAUGGAAGUAUUUGGACCGUUACAAUCACCAUAUUACAGAGUUGGUAUGAGUAGUGGGGUGGAAGAAGAAAGUAAGGAUCUUGUUGGUGAGAAGGCGUUUAUAGUGAUGCCUGAUUCACGCUGGGUGGAUACGUUUGAAUUGAAGAAAGUUAAAGGUAGUGAUGCAUCCAAUGGGUUUGAUGAAGAAGUUGCGCCUGAAGAACAAGAAUUCUCAGAUGAUGAAGAAGAGAGAAAGUUUAAAAGUAGCAAGAAAAAUAAGAAGAAUAAGAGAAAAAAUGAUGGUGAUGGUGGCAGUGGUGGUGGUAAGAUGAAGAUGAAUAAGGUGUAUAAUGCACAACCUAUGAAGAUACCGAAGGGUAUGAUGGAGACGAAUGUUAAUGCAAAUAUAGGCUAUCGCUCUCGUAACCACAGGGGGACCACUUCAGGGUCGAAUAUGCCAGUGUCUAUGCCAAUACCACAGGGUGUGCCACAGGGCAUGCCUCAAGGAUUACCACCACCAAUGCCUCAAAGUGUACCUCAUGGUGUACCACAGGGCAUACCAAAUAUGAAUAUGCCUAUACAAUAUGGGAACAUGCCUAUGCAGUAUGGUAAUAUGCCAUACAACAAUAUGCCUUAUCCAAACAUGCCUUAUCCAAACAUGCCAUAUGGAAAUAUGCCACCACCAAAUAUGCCUCAGAACAUGCCACUACCAAACAUACCUCAAAACAUGCCACCACCUAACAUGCCUCAAAAUAUGCCAUAUAUGAACAUGCCACAACAUAUGCCACCUCAAAACAUGCCAUAUAUGAAUAAUAAUACUCAAAGCAUCCCUCCACCUAUGCCUCCACCACCAAACUAUCAACAACCUAACAUGGAUCAAGUAUAUCAAUUGCAUAAUAUUCUAUUGAAACAAGCUCAAAAGAAACCUGACGUGAAGGAACAAGAUGAUGUUGAAUACUAA